AUGGCUCUUCCUUCCACUUCCCGUUUGGAAUUCCGACAAGGGGUUUCGUCGUCGGCUUUACCUGCUUCUAAACGGGGACAUUCUCCUCGCCUGGCUAUGUUUCCUAUGGUUAAUUUGCCCUCGCCUUUGCCUGUUUAUGAUGACUUGGGUGAUUCAACUUUCAUCUGUCAAUUUUGUUCCGCCUUUUUCUGGUAUGCUGAAAGGGUUUUGUAUUUAUCAGAAAAGGAUCGUCCCUGUUAUACGCGAUGUUGCAGGUCUGGUGCUGUUAUAUUGCCUUACCCUCUUCUUCCUCCUCCACAAUUAUCUUCUUUGUAUACUUGUGCUUCUUUUAGGCAGAAUAUCAGAGCUUACAAUAGCAUGUUUUCUAUGACAUCUUUUAGGGCUGUGGUUGAUGACGAUAUUAACAGAGGUGGAGGCCCUUAUGUGUUUAAGCAUGAGUUGUCUAAUAGGCUGGCAGCUUUCCAGGACCCUACGAAGCAACCUUUGGAUCCAGGAAUUGUUGAGUUAUUGAUGGCUAUACUUACACUACAUAACGAAUAUGUACGUACCUUUAAAACAGCGAAACAAAUUGCUGAAGAAAGAAAUUUAGAUGAAUAUGUGGUUUGUCUUUUCAAUGAUGUUCCGGACAGACGCUACACUCCUCCCGCACCUGGUACUUUGGGAUGCAUUGUUUUUGGUGACGACUGUGUCAGUAGUAGAUACGAUAUACUUAUACAUUCUAAGGGUGGUCAGGCACAGCGGGUUAGUAACCUCCAUCCAAGUUACAUGCCACUGCAAUACCCUCUGCUUUUCCCGUAUGGUGAGGACGGGUGGUCACCUAGGCCGAAACUUUUCAAUGAAUCGGGUUCCAAAGCUAGAAACUUAACAGUGAACAUGUACUAUAGUUAUCAGAUACACGCACGUUGUAAUAUACACUCUCUUAUACUUAAUUCAUGUAGAUUGUUUCAACAGUUUUUAGUUGAUGCUUAUACAUGUAUCGAACAGUCUCGUCUUGAAUUCUAUCAAAAUAAUCAGGAACAUCUUAGAUCUGAUUUCAUCAGUGGGAUCUAUGAUGCACUUUCUAACGGAGAUACAGAAAGCCGUUCUGUUGGUAGACGUGUGCUUUUGCCCCCUUCUUUUGUCGGUGGCCCCCGAUACAUGUACAACCACUAUCAAGAUGCCCUCUCCAUUUGUAGAGAACAUGGGAAUCCACAAUAUUUUAUCACCUUUACAUGCAAUGUGAAGUGGCCAGAAAUUAGACGAUACAUGUUGCUCCAUAAUCAAAACGAUGUACAUAGUAGAGCCGAUAUCAUUUCACACCUGUACACAAUUGAAUUCCAAAAGCGGGGCUUACCUCAUUGUCAUACGCUGUUGUGGGUUGCUGCAUCACAUAAAAUACAAGAGCCUUCUGACAUUGAUGCAUUUGUUACUGCUGAACUGCCAGAUCCAUCAUCAGAACCAUUAUUAUACCACACCAUUACAACGUGUAUGAUCCAUGGUCCAUGUGGUUUGCUAAAUGUAAAUGCUCCAUGUAUGAAAGAUGACAAAUGUAAGAAAAAAUUUCCAAAACCAUUCCAACACUGUACAACCUUUGACAAAGAGGGUUAUGCACAUUAUAAGAGAGAUUGUGUGGCACACCAUACACUACAGAAUGGGAUCCAGGUAGAUAAUAGAUAUGUUGUCCCAUACAAUAAAAGGUUAUGCAGUCGUUUUGACGCUCAUAUUAAUGUGGAGUACUGUGGUUGGAAUAUGAUGAUAAAAUAUUUGUUCAAAUAUGUUUCCAAAGGAAUGGAGCGGGUGAGGUUUGUUGUUCAGAAAAAUGUGUCGGUUGGUCAACGUACCACCUCUUCACAACACAUUGUCGUCGACGAAAUACGAAAUUUUGUUGACGGUCCUUACCUUUGCCCUCACGAGGCUGCCUGGCGUAUUUUUGAUUUUCCCAUUCAUGAGCGCGAACCAUCAGUCAUGAUACUCCCAGUUCAUCUCCCAGAUAAGCAGACAGUUUACUUCAAAGAAAACACUCUCAUCCAUGAUGUUGUUCAACAUCCAGAUUUCGGUUACAGUCUACUAUUAGGAUGGUUUGAAAAUAAUAAGUGGGAAUCAUUAGGAACAAAUCUCACUUAUGUUGCGUUUCCCACAAAGUAUUGGUGGGAUAAGGAUGCAAAAAUCUGGAAACGAAGAAAACGUAUGACAAGCAGUGCGAUAGGUAGACUUAUAUUUGUGCACCCUUCUGCAGGGGAAUUGUUCUAUCUACGAAUGUUGCUUUGUCAUCAGGUUGGUUGCACAUCCUAUGAGGAUAUCCGUACCGUUUGCAACAAGGUCUAUCCAAAUUUUCGUGUUGCAUGUGAUGCAUUGGGCCUGAUUGGAGAAGAAAAAGAAUGGAUGACCGCAUUUACUGAAGCAUCUGAGUGGGCAACUUCAUUCCAACUAAGAUCACUUUUCUGUCGCUUGCUUCUUCACUGUGACGUUAGCGAUCCUAUGUCCCUGUGGGAAAUUGGAUGGAGAAAAAUGAGUGACGACUCACUGUACAAUAUCAAUUCACAGAAAUUGGGAUCAAAUUUACAUAUAGGUGAUGCUCAUUUACAACAAUUGGUUCUGUUUGAGCUGGAAGGAAUUCUUCAGUCCUCGACUCCUUCGAAAUCGGUCACUGACUUCCAUCUGCCAAAACCAACGGAAGAGACAAUUAGACUACUGCAAAAUCGACUGAUUCUAGAAGAGACAUCAUAUGACACAGACACACUCAAAGUAGACCACCAACGCAUGCUAUCACAAUUAAAUAGUGAACAACUCCGCAUUUAUAAGUUGGUUGUCUCGUCUGAAAAAGACGGACAACAGGUUCUCCUGUUCAUUUACGGACAUGGCGGGACAGGCAAGAGAUUUCUUUGGACUACAUUACUUGCAUACUUCCGCUCUAUUGGGAAGAUCGCACUUGCUGUGGCUGCAUCGGGCAUAGCAUCAUUGUUGCUACCAUCAGGUAGAACUGCUCAUUCCAGAUUUAGUAUACCGAUUGACCUUUCGCAAAAAGUCGCAUGCAACAUUUCAAAGAAAACCCUACUUGCAGAGUUAUUGAAACGUACGUCUAUCAUUAUCUGGGAUGAGGCCCCAAUGAAUGAUAGGCGUUGUUUCGAAUGCCUGGACCGUUCCUUAAGAGAUAUUCUAGAUUGUGAUACUAAGGUGUUUGGUGGAAUGUCCGUACUGUUAGGAGGGGAUUUUCGUCAAACAUUACCUGUUUCCCCAAAAAGUACAAUCUCACAUAUCAUUAGUUUGACUUUACCCAAAUCAUACCUAUGGCCAUGUUUUACAGUUUAUAAGUUAAACCAUAAUAUGCGUCUAAUGAGUACGGGCACCUAUUCAGAAUCAGAGCUAUCUGUAUCAGAAUUUGCAGCAUGGUUACUAAACGUUGGGGAUGGUGUUUUAGGAGAAUCAGAUCCUAUUGAUAAAAAAGACACAAAAUGGAUUGAAAUACCCUCUUCCCUCACUAUACUACCAGGAGAAAAUGCAUUGAAAAAUCUUAUAAAUUUUGUAUAUGGUGACGGGAUUCUUCUCAAUCCUUCUCCAUCUGUAUUGGCAGGUAGGGCGAUUGUAUGUCCAAAGAAUGAUACGGCGAACAUAAUAAACGAGCUCGUCCUAGAACUUACCCCUAAUAAGACAACAUCUUAUAGAAGUGUUGACACAAUAGAAUCUAAUGGAAACCAAUCUUUAGAAUUUAGCACUUUCUAUCCAGUCGAAUACCUGAACGGGCUCACCUUUCCUGCUAUCCCACCCCACAAACUAUCACUGAAAAAUAACACUCCUAUUAUGCUAAUAAGAAAUAUCAACCAAAGAGAAGGUUUAUGCAACGGUACACGCCACAUGUCUGAAAUAUUCACUGCAAUCUCAGAGCUAGGGUAUGCAUCUCCGGGAACAGCACUGCAGGUACGCAUUCUCCGUACAUGGACGCCACAGGUCCGAGGUCAUGAAACCUGGUUUUUAGCGGUCGACAAAUAUGGUGAUGCAAUCCAAAUUCUUGGUCAAAGAAAGGAUCAAGGCUUUGUACAAUCUGCUCUUGCUAUUUCUAAAUGCUACACGUUGACUAAAUAUGGAUGUGGAGAACCAGACGCAUACCAGAAAUGGUUACACAAUCCAAUAUACAUCGCUGUUGGCACCGCGUCAUGUAUUACCUCUAUCCCAGACACAGUUACUAUUCCAACACACUGGUUUAACUUCAUACCAAAAAGCCAAAUACCAGCUUAUAUCAACCAAUACCCAGAUUUCUUAGGAGUUUUCGUUAAACUGGUGGCCUGUAUUAAGAAAAACGAUGAACCUUACCUGCUCCUCAUUCUAAGGAAUGAAUUUGGUGAAGAUAUUGCGAUAAGCUUGUGGAAAGAAUGCACUGACGCACCUUCAAAAUUUAAUCGGAACGCAAUUCAGAAUGCACCUGCUCCUACUGUCAUUGUUGUCACAAACGUCCGAAUCAUGGAUUAUGGUGGUUCAUUAAGAUUAGGAACUAGUAGUGCAACUCACAUAUACGUAAAUCCACCUAUCAAAGAAACAGAUACACUUCUGGACAGCUACAAGAUAAAUGCUGCUUCAAUACCUCUGUUUGGACUUCCAGUGCCACUUACAGAGAUAAAUGAGAAAAAACAUUCAGAUCUCUUGGAAAAAACUUUUACAGCAGAGGCAUCCAUAAUAGAGUACGUUUUUUCAGAUUAUUGGUACCAAGUUUUCUGUCCACAGUGUAAGAUAUCAACACUAAAACAAGGAAAGGACUGGUUCUGUCCAUCACACGGAACGAUCACCUCUCCAACUCCCAUGUACAAGCUUAUGGCAACAAUUACGGACCCAACUUCCUCAAUGACGGUUACCUUAUCUGACAACGCUGGCUAG